GUGCUGGGUAACCAACACUGCACUCUUUCCUUACACCGAGAAUCCUGCUCUGUACACCUGCAAGUUUAGCAGCAGUGACAUUAAGAUGAAUGAGCUAAACUUGGAAGUUGGAAUCCUGAAAUCUGAAUUGCAUAAAAAGACCAGAGAGAUGCAGGCGCUGGAAGCUCAUGUACAACAGCAGAAGGAAAGCCUGGACAAGGCAAGUGAUAAACUCAAGGACACAAAGAGGGCCGCUGCAUGCAAGAUUCACGACAAAGAAAGUAAACGUGAGGCCCUACAGAAGGAGCUAUUAAAAGCUCAAAGCCAGUACUCUGCAUGUUAUGAUGAGCUGCUCCACCGGGAGAAACUUUUACAUAAACUUAAGGAAGAAAAUAUUCAGCUGACAGAGCGAAUCAUGCAGCAGUCCCAGGAUGUUUCCAAGAUGAGUGAAGAAAUGAAGAGGCUGGAACUAAAACUGGCAGUUGUCACAGAGAGACAUAAAACUGUACAACAAGAGGUUAAUAACAGAGAUCAAAUCAUUUUACAACUUAAAACAGACUUGAAAACAUCACAGGAGAAAUAUUUUGGCUCUCAAGAAGAAUUGAGUCUCCAAGAAGGAGAAGUCUCAAGACUCCAACAGAAGAUUAAAAGUCUCCAAACUGAAGCUCGGGAACUAUGGGAAAAAUGUAGCGAGCAGGAAGAUCGACUCAGUCAAGUCGAAAAAGCAAAGCAGCAGCUCUUACACGAGCAGGAGAUUCAUCUUGGCCAGAUACAGAAUUAUGUGACGACUGUAGAGAAGCUGCAGAGUGACCUGGAUCAUGCAAAACAAUCUCAUACCACUGACCUGGAACGUUGGAACCAAAACCUUUCGCUGAUGCAGAAGGAGCUGAUCUCGGAAACUUCGGCACAUCAAGCAGAUCUACUGAAGAUACAAGAAUACAAAGAUAAAGUUUUGUCUCUAGAACAAAACUUAGAGAGCGCCGAUCUCUCUUACCAAGAGGCUAAAGAGAAGAUUGAGUCUCAAAAGGAAGCCAUUAAAAUAAAAGAUUUUGACAUGGAACAAUUGCAGCAACAGAUCAGAACGCUUGAACAAAAUCUAGUAGAAAGCUGCAGUCAUGCCAAGACAUCUAGGUCUGCUCUAGAACUUUGUAAGAAGAAAUAUCGGGCUUGCAUUGACACCAUUACGUCUCUGGAAAAGCACGUGGACUGUCUACAAGAGCAAAUAAAAGAAUGUACUGGCGAGAUUGCUAACAAAAAGGAAACCAUUCAGAGCAUGGAAGCUGAAGCAGUGAUUCUCCAACAUCAGAAUAAGGUCAAGAAUGACCAGGUAGAAAGCUUUGAACAUCUGAUUGGCCAGUUAACUGGAGAGUUACAUUCCUCGAAGGACGAUGUGAAACUGCACAAAGAGAAGUGGCAGCAGUACGAGCAGUUGGCUGAAAUAUUGAAAGAAAAGGUUGAUCAUCUCCAGCAAGAGGCUUUGGAGAAUCUACGUAACAUUAAUACAGAGCAUUCUAAGGCAGAGGAGUACAAGUCAAAUCAUAGGUAUUCCAAUGAGGAGUACAGUGCACAGACUUUACAGCUACAGAAACGCCAAGAAGAGAUGGAAGUCCUAAGAAGACAAUGCAAUGAAAAGACAGCAAAAAUAAAGGAGUAUCAGCUUAUCAUUGAACAGCAGAAUACUGAAGCUGGGAAAUUGUUAGACCAGCAGAAGAAGUAUGUGCUUGAAACUGAAGAGCUAGAAAAGACCUUGCAGUCCUUACACCUGGAAAUUGUGGCAGCCCAGCAAAAGCACAAAGUAGAACUUGUUCAACUAGAUAAGCAUGUUGCCCGUCUGGAGGCGGACCUUACCGAAGCAAAGAAAGUCGGUGCACAGAAAGAUCAGGCAAUAAGCAAAAGAGAUGACCUUCUGCGAAAAUCGGAAGCCAAUCUCCUGCAGGCAAGAGAAGGUAUCAAAGAGAAGGCGACGGAGACAGAACACCUUGACAGCAUGGUCAAGAAAUUGGAAGCUAGAUUCCAAGACGCACAGAAAAAAAUGAAUCAAAAGGAGAAGGAAAACACUGUACUUAGGGCAGAGAUAAAGGACCUCGGUGUAGAGCGACAAGAUGUACAUAAGCUGUACAGAGAAACAGCACAAGAACUUGCCAGUGAAGAAGAAAAACUUCUUCUACUGGAAUCCAGCUUGAAAGCAACUCAAGAGCAGCUAAGCGAGCAAAUAGCUGAGACCGUUCGCCAAGAACAGAACAACAGAAAAUACCAGACAGACCUGAAGACCCUUAAAGAACGUGUCACAGCUUCAGAGGAAGAAAAUAGUGAAUACAAGGGUAUGCUUGACAAUGUGAAGGCUGAAUUAACAACAUUAAAGGCACAGCACCAAUUGUCAGUUCAAGAAUCCCUUCAGCUUCAACAGACCAAUCAUAAGUAUGACAUAGAGAUGGUCGCUGUCCGAGAGAAUGCCUGGAAAGUACAGCAGCAGGCCAAAAAUUCUGAAGAUCUGGUGAAAGGUUUACGUGAAGAGCUAAACCAGGCGCAACAUCGCCAACAGGAUGAGCAGAAACACAUAGAAAAGCUGAAGAAGGCGGCUGCUGACAUGGAGCGUGAAAUGGAGCAGCUGAGGUCUAAAAAGAAGUCUGACGCUCAGAUGAUUAAAGAGCAAGAAAAUCGCCUGAUAAAACUAGAAGAUGAGAUUCGCCAGUUACACAGAAAAAAUAGCUCUGCUCAAAGUGAUCUUUUAGAGGCACAAGCACAGAUGAAAAUCCUCCUCCUGAAUCUUCCUACAACAGAGAAACAAAUGAAACACUAUACCACACAGGCUGAAUUUUAUGAGGCAACGAUAGCGAAACUGCAAGACGAUUUGGAACAGUCAAAGAGGCAAGGCAAAAGAUGUACAAAAAGUCUGAGGUCUGCCGAACAGAACAUUUGUGAUUUGAAAAUGGAUAUAACUUUAUUACAAACAAAUCACAGACAGACCGUUGAACAGCUAAAUGAAAAAACAAAGGAAGCCUUUGCUAUGAACUCUGAACUCAACAACCUACGACAACAGUUGAAAAAACAAAAAAAGGAACACUCUGAGUUAAAACAACCCAAAGCCAACAUGAAGAACCUCCUGCAUACAAACCGAAGCCCCAAAGAGAAGAUACAUAAGCAAGAAGAAACUGUUUUGGAGGUGACAGAUAAAUUAUCCCAAAGUGUUGAUGUCGCUGGCAGUACAGAUGAGAAGAUGACUGUACAUGAAAGUGAAUAUUCAGAGCUCACUGAGAAAUUAAAACUCAGCUUUUAUGAGGUCGCAAACUUGCAAAAUGAACUGAAGACUUCUGAGAACAAAUACAUUACUACACAGAGGGAGCUGGAAAUCCUGUUCCAAGCUCUAGAAGCAACACAAACUGACAACAGUCGCCUCCAUAAGGAAAGUGAAUUUGUGGCUGUAAAUGUUAAUCAGUGGAUCAAAGAACAAAAGCUUGCCAAUGAAAACUUAAGUGAGAAAAUCCAUGAGCAAAACCAACUUUUGGCCCACCUUGCCGGGGAAAGAGACAAUUUCCAGAAAAAGGAAGAUGCCUUGACUGCUGUGGUUAAUAGACUUAAAGCUGAACUGGAAGACGUAAAAUCUGAAAAUAUGCAAUUAAAGGUAAAAAGUGGUGAACAGCAAGCGUUACUUGCAGAACUUGGAAGACAGCUGAAAACAUCAGAGCUGGAGCAGACAAGUCUGUUGGAAAAGAACCUAGCUGCCACUGAAGAUAUGCAUGAUAAGUUAAAGACCAACAUACGAUCAAUUCAUUUUUUAAACCAGAAGCUGAAUGAAUUAAGUGAAGAAAAUGGAUGUUUGCGGCAGCAGUUAGAAGAUGAGAAGCUUAGAUGCCAACAGUUUGAACUUCAUUUGCAAACAUGCAAUCAGACACUCUCUAAUCUUUUAGCUCACGUGAAAGUUAAAGAACAGAGGGAUUUCCUCCGGCAAGAACCCCCACCUAAGAAUGUUCUUUCCGUCAACUGCAAGAGUUUGCCAUAUCAGAAACCUGGGUCUCACAAAUCACUUGAGUUUCUCUCCCCAAAAAAAGAAACAAUGCUUUCAGAGAGGGAUAUGGGACAGGUAGUGAUGCAAGAUUCAGAAGACAAAACAUUUUGGAUACAAUGUGUUGAAGACCUUUCUGGUCAGCUACGAGAGAACACGGAACACUGGACAGAAAAAAUGAAUGGCCUAACAAAUCAAUUACAAAAAUGUUUAGGAACGCCUAGAAAAUGAAAGAUUAACAUAUAUAUAUUUAUUUUUGGAUUGGCAUUUUAUGUGUUUGAAAAAAUGUUUUAUUGUAUUUUAGAGAAAGAAAAUGUAAAAAUAACAUGAUGAAAUAAAAUAAAUGUCAUAACUACUGAAAACUCAGAGAAAGGGUAUUGGGGUAGAGCAAAGAGUGGAAUGGGAUAGGAUGUCUGUACAGUAUGAUAUAUUGCAUUUGUAUUUGGUAAAGAACAACUCAAUUUGUCUGUCAGUUUCAUUCCUUAUCUGUACUUAUUUAAAAGGCAUAGGAAAUAUCUUUCGUCAGCAUAGAGUCAUCUGCAGUCAUACCUGAUAGGUUAAGAGUUAGAAUUACCUAAUGAGAGAUAUCUAGGCCCCAGUAUACUGUACUGUCCAAUAUUUAAAAAUCAGGAAAUUGGAAGAUAUACCAUAUCAUCAUUAAUAAGAAAGAUUAGCAGCUAUUCAAAGAAGAAUUUAUUAAGUGAUACAGAUGUGUCCUCAUACAUCUAGCCUCAAUACAUUAUAUAUAACGAGAUGCCUGGUGUGAGUGAGGUGCCAGGUCCUGUGCAACUCUGCAAACGUCGGGCUUCUUUUUUUUGGUAAAAAAUUACUCUCUUUCACAACGUGAUGCACUAGAAUGCACAAGGAGACUGUGCUGAUUCAAUUGACAUAUGACACUUGUAUAUUGUGUGUGAAUGAGUCUGUAUACAGACCUUGUCCAACUCAUUCCCACACAAAUAUACAAGUGUCAUAUAUAAAAUUAAUCAGCAUCACGUGGAGACUAAGACGCAUUUUCUGCAAAAAAGUUGCCCAAUGGUGCGGGACCUGAUGCACCAAUAGGAGCACAUCUGCAUAUGCCAACAAUAGGAGUGCAAAGAAUAUAUACUGUAUAUAAAAUCUCAUACUGAAAAAUAUUAUGACCACUAGGUUAUUCCUUUGUUGGGUCACCUUCUGCCCUUAAUAUGGCUGGAGUUCUGCUAGACAUUGAUGCUACUAAAUGUCCACAUGUACCAAAAAGCUCAGACCAUACUGUAACAUUGCUUCCACCAGUCUGAAGAGUUGUGGCAAUUCAAGAAGGAUCCAUGCUUUCAUGCUGUUGUCCUCAUAUCCUCACCCUACUGUCCGCAUGGUGUAAAAGAAAACAGGAUUUAUCAGACCAAAUCACCCUGUUUGUGCAGAUAGCAUUGCGUCCGGACAGGCCUUCUGCUUCCGCAGUCUAUAUGAUGUAAUGUGUAAAGUAUUAUUCAUAGAGAGGCCAUCUGAACUGUUUGCUGGUUCACAUUAUCUGUCAUUUAAUGCACUGUUGCCCUUCUGUUGGACUAAACAAGUCUGCCCACUCUCCGUUCCAAUCAAGCAUCCAGUAGCCAUAUAUGACCCCUGGCUUGUGUUCAGUCCCAGUUUUUUCAUCUGCUGGUCCACUCAUUGUGCACAACUGCUGUCCUCAAACAAUUCACCAGUGCAGCCAUUUUGCUAAUGCUUGCACCGUUGCUACAAAAGGCAACGAUCAUCUGUAAUGCACCUAGGCUGCAAAAUGUGAAGAAAAAUAUGGCACGCUAUGCCUCUCUGAGUGUCUCGGUCACGCUAGACAUCUUGCGCCAUAUGGAUUAUGGACGCCCAGCGAGUGAGGACACAUCUAUAUAUAGAAUACUGAAUCUAUAUAUAGAAUAAUUAUAAUAUCACUGGUAGAUGUAUACAGGACAGCAUUGUGCUCAUUGUUACUGUAAUUUUGUCUGUUUUCCAGUUACUCCACUGUGAAUUGGCAUACAUCAACUCACAUGCACAUGUUUGGGGUUGCUGGGACUGGAAAUGGAGAGAGUACCACUGAAUGGGAUGUAGUGGCAAGCUCAGCAGUUAAAAUGUUGACAAUUACAAUGGAGACACUCUGAGGUUGAACCCUGCAUGCCAGCAUGUUAAUAAUGCAAUUUACAGUAGAGAUAUGUGGUUCAGUUCUCCAGAAAUCCAAAUUCACCCGAAUUUUGUGGAUGCAAACCAAAACCCAGUCCAGAUCUCCCGAGGAGUCCCAGAUCAGAUCUUUCCAUGGUAAGGAUUUCAGAGUUUAAAUCCGAGUUUCGGGUUUUGGAUUGCAUGAUUUAAGCCGUUUUUAUUGAUUUUUUUUUUAUCAAUAAUUAUCAAUAUUUUUUUUAUUUCAUUAUUUUUUAACCGAACCAAAACACUAGAGGGUGGUUUUGUGAAAACCAAAACACGAUGAUGAAUUAUAACCAAAACACACGGGUCUGCAAACAUCUCUAUUUUAAAGUAUUUUAAGAGUCGGCUUUACAACCUCAAACAUGAUGCUUUACUAUCAUGUUUGCAGUUGUAAAGCCAACACUUACAAAGCUUACAAUCGCAUUAUUCACGUGUCCCUGUUCUAAUUGUCCUCACAGUGUCCUUGUUCUGAUUGUCGUCAUUUCAUUGUAGCUCCUUGCAAAGAUUAAUUUGUAAACCUCAGACUUAAAAAAAGAAAUUAUCAAGUGAUACAGUAUAUGACAAUAAUAGGAGUGCAAAGAUUGGGUUCAGUAUGAUUGCCCUGCUGCCGGAAUGCCAGCCAUCAGUAUACAGAAAACGGUAUGCCGGCUGCUAGUAUGCCGGCAGGGGGGCGAGUGCUAAGAGUCCCAUUGCGGGCUUGUUGACUUACUGCGCUCACCACAGGUUCUAUGCCCACUCUGUGGGUGUCGUGGACACCCACGAGUGGGAUUAGCCCUGUGCGCAGGGAUUCUGCCUGUCGGGAUUCCGACGUCGGUAUCCCAAACGCCGGAAUCCUGACAGACGGAAAAUUAAACAUAUACCCAAAGAUUAUAUAGCAUCCAUACAGCAAUCGAAUACAGGUGCCUCAGACAAUUUCUUACGCAUUUCUCCACUGGUGAAACGUAACUAUUUCAUGGAGAAACAUGUAGGAAAUUAUUCAAUCCACCUGUACUCGAUUGCUAGAAAGAUAUAUAUUCUGACAUUUGUACCCUUUUAACAGGCAAGAUAUUCAGUAGGGGAUGGGUAAGUGAGUUAUUACUUGUCAAAUCUUCUUAAAAGUCGACGAAAACUGAUUUUAUAAAUUUUGUGCUGGCUUUUAUUGUUUAAAGUAGCUGUUUAGUAUAACCAAUGAAGGCAGGAGGAACCAUAUGUACAAAAUGAGUUCUGGAUGAAAAGGGGUUGUCUCUAGAUUAAUUAAGCUAGAUCCAUAUUUGAGGACCAAUACUGUUAAAUGAUGUAACAUGACCACUCUAAGCAACAUCCUUUCUAACUGUAAAAGAUUGCAUGAUUUCCGAGUAUAAAGCAAAUACCAAAAAUAAUAAUUUGUUUAACCAGUUGGUGAAAAUAAAGACUUGCACCACUUUA